GCAAAACACUGAUCUUCCCUUUUUCUAUUAAGUAUUUUUUUCUUCAGCUUUUGGCUCUUCCCUCUUUGGUUCACAAAAAAAGUUGUUUCCUAUAUGGAGAAACCGAUUAAUUCAACAACUUUGGCUCGAACAAAAUCCGAUCAACUACUGGAGACGGUGGCGGCAGCCUUCAGGUCACCGACGCAAAGUGAUCAGACACCGGGAACAUCCGACAGCGGGGGAACUUUGUCUAGGAAGUCGAGCAGAAGGUCGGUGAUGGGCGCAUCACCGGGGCGCACCCACAUUAGGAAGUCAAGGAGUGCUCAGAUGAAGCUGGACUUGGAAGAAUUGAGCAGCGGGGCGGCUCUCAGCCGUGCCUCUAGCGCUAGCUUGGGCUUAUCUUUUUCCUUCACUGGCUUCACUGUUCCCCCUGAUGAGAUCGCUGAUUCCAAACCCUUCAGCGACGACGAUAUACCUGAAGAUAUUGAAGCUGGCACCUGUAGGCCGAAAUUUCAGACAGAGCCUACUUUGCGAAUUUAUCUGAAGUUCACAGAUGUCACUUACAAGGUGAUUAUCAAAGGAAUUACAACUUCUGAAGAGAGGGAUAUCUUGAAUGGGAUCUCAGGUGCUGUAAAUCCCGGGGAAGUUCUGGCACUUAUGGGACCUUCAGGAAGUGGGAAGACCACGCUUCUUAAUCUGCUUGGUGGCAGGUUAAUUCAGUCUAAUGUCGGUGGUUCAAUUACGUACAAUGAUCAGCCCUACUCCAAGUUCCUGAAAAGCAGGAUAGGUUUCGUGACUCAAGAUGAUGUCCUGUUUCCUCACCUUACAGUGAAAGAAACAUUGACAUAUGCAGCUCGCCUGCGACUGCCAAAGGCAUUAACAAAACAGCAGAAGGAAAAGCGAGCCAUAGAUCUCAUUUAUGAGCUAGGCUUGGAGAGAUGUCAAGACACCAUGAUAGGUGGCUCAUUCGUCCGUGGUGUGUCAGGUGGGGAGAGGAAGAGAGUUUGUAUUGGCAACGAGAUCAUAAUCAACCCUUCCCUUCUGUUUCUUGAUGAACCAACCUCUGGCUUAGAUUCUACAACCGCUUUAAGGACCAUUCAAACGUUACAGGACAUAGCUGAGGCUGGGAAGACUGUGGUAACAACAAUCCACCAGCCAUCAAGUAGACUCUUCCAUAAAUUUGACAAGUUAAUUCUUCUAGGGAAAGGCAGUUUACUCUAUUUCGGGAAAGCUUCAGAAGUAAUGGUUUAUUUCUCAUCUAUAGGAUGUUCCCCUCUAAUUGCCAUGAACCCAGCAGAGUUUCUACUUGACCUUGCAAACGGGAACAUAAAUGAUAUUUCUGUGCCAUCAGAACUACAGGACAAAGUACAAGUGGGGAAUUCAGAAACCGAAACAGGAAAUGGGAAACCACCACCAGAAGUUGUACAUGAGUAUCUUCUGGAGGCCUACGAGUCGAGAGUUGCAGAUAAUGAGAAGAAGAAACUUAUGACUCCUCUUCCCCUAGAUGAAGAGCUGAAGUUGAAUAUGUCUUCUUCAAAGCGGCAAUGGGGGGCAAGCUGGUGGCAACAAUAUUGCAUAUUAUUCUGCAGAGGGAUCAAAGAACGAAGGCACGAUUAUUUUAGCUGGUUGAGAAUCACCCAAGUUCUUUCUACAGCAAUCAUCUUGGGAUUACUCUGGUGGCAGUCAGAUAGUAAAAGCACCAGAGGCCGUCAAGAUCAGGCGGGGCUGCUGUUUUUCAUUGCUGUCUUCUGGGGGUUCUUUCCUGUCUUCACUGCAAUCUUCACAUUUCCUCAAGAAAGAGCCAUGCUUAUUAAAGAAAGAGCAGCUGACAUGUACAGAUUGAGUGCGUAUUUUUUAGCUAGGACUACAAGCGACCUUCCACUUGAUCUGAUAUUACCAGUACUUUUCCUUCUGGUAGUAUACUUCAUGGCUGGCCUGAGACUGAGUGCCGCUCCCUUUUUCUUCAGUAUGCUUAUUGUUUUUCUCUGCAUCGUUGCUGCCCAGGGUCUUGGACUAGCUAUUGGGGCCACACUAUUGGACUUAAAGAGAGCUACUACAUUGGCUUCAGUAACUGUGAUGACCUUCAUGUUAGCUGGUGGCUAUUUUGUGAAGAAAGUUCCAGUGUUCAUAUCCUGGAUCCGGUAUAUGUCUUUCAACUAUCAUACUUAUAAGCUUCUUCUCAAGGUGCAAUACCAAGACAUCAUGCCUCCGGUAAACGGGAUAAAAACAGACAGUGGCUUGUGGGAAGUCGGUGCCCUGGUAGCAAUGAUUUUUGGCUACCGUUUCUUGGCAUACCUGUCUUUGCGGAGGAUGAAACUCCAUUCUGGAGCUUAAAGACAAUACGAUUUUGUAGAGUAUCCGAUUAAAAGGCUUCUGUUUGCCACUAUUUCAAGGGUAAUCCUGAAAAGCCUGGGCUUCAGAGUUACAAAAGAGUCAUUAACAAGGAUCAUGAACCAGCACAGUUCGUCCAGCUUUUCUGGGUUUGUACCUUGGGAAUUUGUCAGUGCUCUCAUAUAACAGGCAAUAGCUUUAACGAGAAUUUCACAUCAAAUCAUAAGCAUAUAUGUGGAUUUUAGUAUCUGGAGAAUCAUUGCAUAUUUGAAUAUCUUUUUGAGUCAAUGAUAAAAAAAAAAAAAAAAAACACUCAACUUCAUGGGUUAGUCUUAUUAAAAGGCAACCUUUUGAUUCUAACUAACCAUAAUUUAUCAAUUGUCUUUGGAAUUCGGUAAUCAAUUUAUCAGAGCCUGGUUAUCAACUGAAAGAGUGAUAAAACAUAAAGAUUAUCAAGUACAUAACAAUGUGCUAUAGUUAGAAAUUAUGCCAAUGAGUGGAAAUUUUGUCACUGCCAGGUGGCAAAAGAACGAACAGUGAUUAACUACCAAUGCAAGUUGUUGUAUACAUCAGAUAUCGUCAAGGUUACUCUAGUUUUAUACAAAUAUAUAUACAGAUAAUAUAUACCUUGGGAUAAAUACAAAUAAUAAUUUAACGGCCAAAAAUCUCUGAGAAAUACAUUGCUAAGCUUCAGUGGCACUCCAACGUCCCAGAAGAAAAAACCAACUAUAAUGUUGUGUGAACCUGCAAUCAGCAGUCCAGUUAUGCUUGUCAAGCAGAUAUUGGUGCCACGAGCCAAGAGCUGUCUGUGUCCUUGGGGUUCGUGGCUAGAGUGAUUGGAAACAUUUCAUAACUGGAGAAUCGCAUCACCCCCAUCCCAUGAUAGUGAGCGCUAUGGUCCAGUAAAAAGGGCCGCACAGCCCACACCUCCCGAAAGUGGACCACUCAACAAGUGUCCAAAAACCAGUGUUUUUUUGGCAAAAAAAAGUUUU